CUAUUCCAUCAAAAAUUGCUAAUAGGUAAAAAGUUGAUAACACGAGGUUAUUUUAUUUAAAUACAAAAUAAAAGUGUAGUAAAUUAUCUAACCAACCUGUAAAUUAAUACAAGUAACAGAAAAACUCUAUUCGAAGUCUGCCAAAGGGCGAGUUAACAGUGUUUAAUUUAGAGAAACGAAGGAAAAAAACUUUGUUACGAAAUGCCUCCACCACCAAAAAAGGCACCCACAAAAGGUGCUAAGCAAAUCCUCAGUGAAAAUACAGCUACAGUUCUUUUCUACCGCAAUAUGGCCUUAGCUGCGACUGCUUUUUACGGCAUUUUGACUGGCGCAUUGUACUACGAUCAACUCACUGGAUGGAUCAUUUUUCUGAACGUGUUUGUGCUAGUGAUCUACAUCGGGUGCUACCGCAUGAUGACGUAUAUCAGCCGGCCUACGUACUCGGACAACAGCCAGCUCAUCGAUCCAGGCCUCGACUUGAACAUGGAGGGUGGGAUGGGAGAGCACGUCAAAGACAUAGUGAUCCUAACAUCAAUAACGCACGUGCUAGCCGUCGCGUCCAACUACUUCUGGCUACUUCUAGUCCUCCUGCCUCUGCGGGCCUUCUGGCUUCUAUGGACCAACAUCCUCGGACCCUGGUUCUUCCAGGAAGCACCGCAAGACACGGAGCAGAGUGAGAAGAAACAGAAGAAAUUGGAAAGGAAAAUGAAGCGGUAUCAGCAAUAGGUCAAAUAAAUGAAAAUCAAGUGGUGAAAAGGGUGGUACAAGUUUUUAUUAGCAGGCCUGGCGGUGCUGACAAUCGUGGAUAGUCACCUGGACCCGUAGACAAUGGGCAAAUCAUUCACGCUCUAUGAUAACCGACACGCAACUCUAUAGUCCGUUUUCACAUUAUCCGAUCUGAUAUCCGGUCGGAAGGACUUCAAUGAAAAAAAUCCUAGAUCGCGCCUGUAAUGUAUAGGUCCGACAUCCGAUAUCGGAUCGGAUAAUGUCAAAACGCACUAUCGCUCUUCCGUAUUUACUUAGUGCCACACAGACCGUUGCCCAUGCAUGGUUCGCCACGGAGCGAUUGGCCAUUUGCCUACAUGGUUUGUCUUUGAAUUAAUCAAUUUUCAACUACCUAUAAUUAAUAUACAUUUAUUAAUUCAUUUAAAUAUUCCCAAAUUUAAUAAUCAAUUGCAAUUCCAAAUUCUAUCAUACAUGUUAUUCUAUCUAUUUAAUUUAAUACAUACAAUCACGCCUGUAUCUCAUAAAGGGGUAGAUAGAGCACAUGCAACUACUCAAGUUUCAGUGCCACUCUUGGCAAAUAAGGGGUUGAAUGAAAACGAAAUUGUGACAUUGCAGUGACAGGUUGCCAGCCUCUCGCCUACGCCACAAUUUAACCAACAUCCCACUCGGCUUCUACGACACCCACGGGAAGAAAGGGGUGGUCUAUUUAAUUUAAUACAUUAUUCCUCCAAAAAUUCAUUGAUCUUGUAGUACCUACUGUUUAUUAAUUAACCAUUUUUUAAGUUAUUUUAAAUAGUGUGCCUUUUAGCUUACGUAGUUCUUAUGGUAAUUUGUUAUUAUACAAUGAUGCUCACGCCAUAACAGUUAUUUUUAAAUAGAGCAGAAGAACAUGAUGAAUUGAUGACAUUAGCAAUUUACUCGUCUAUUUGUCUCAGACGUUGAUUGCGACUGACAGUUGUAUAUGAGGAGAGUUCUUUCCGUACAUAACGUAUACUUACAGUCAACCAAUCUGAAUCCUAAC